CGUGCCUCCUCCAUAUGUCCAACUGGUCUUUUGUAACUGGAGUAACGGACGUGACACACUGCCAUGAGAUCUGAUCCACAGCUGUAGUGGAUCAGACAGAUCACUGCUCACCUGAUCAAAUGUCUUAUUGUGUUACAGACAGGGUGUGGUAAAGAAAGGGAUCAGAAAGAGACAGGCGAGCAGAGACAGAGAACGAGUUAAGUCUUAUAGACUGGUAGGCAAAAAUGAGAUUAGAAUGUUGCAUUAGACUUUAUCGACUCAAUUUGUAGUAUUAUAUAUGCGUUAGUGAAUAAUUAGCUUGUGUUUAAAUAGCUUUUUAACAAAAAAAAAAGUCUGUGACUUUUUUAAUUCAAGCGGGUCAACAUAGACCUUGGGACUAAAAUAAUCUAGAUCUUUCACUUUGCCGAUGACAUUGCGGUGUCACUGUGGCCUUUUUGUGAUAUCCAUGGACAGAUGAAAGGAUGACAGAGAGGUGAUGGCUUUCUUUGAAAAGAACCUUGGAGAAAAAGCUGCUACAGAGGAAAAGAAAUCUACAGAUAAGAGCUCUGUUGAAGAGGAUGCAGAGUCUGGUCAGUUUGAGGCAGACACAGAGAGUGAAGACCUUCAAACCAUCGACACCCCCACUGUGAUUAAUGUGAGUCCCAUCAGCAGUUCAGUAGGGGGCUGGGGGACUGCCAGACCUCCCCAGCACUUUGAGCCCAACACCCAUGAUCCCCAUGUGCCUGUUAGCCUGCCCACUGAGGCAUUUAACCCACUGCCCAUCUACAAAAAACACACCAUCACAACUUCACAGAGUCUGAGAACAUCCAUCAUUAAAGUCCAACCCUUCAGAAAUGGAGAAGAUCUAUCUGACUCUAUGUCCUCAUGUUUGCCUUUCAUACCUCACAAGUUACUGAUGGUGCUGAUCUUCAUUUGUUUGUUAAUAGCAGUUAUUGUGGUUCUAGGAAUUGGUCUGGGAGUAGGUUUAAGCUGUUCAGGAAAAUUCCAGUGUGAGUCGUCAGUAAAGUGCAUCAGGAAAUCCGCUCUUUGUGAUGGAAUUAAAGACUGUGGUGAGGGAGAAGAUGAACUCAACUGUGUGAGAGUAAGUGGGAAGCACUCUCUCCUGCAGAUUCGUAGUAGGGGGGUUUGGAGGUCCGUGUGCUGGGAGAACUGGAGCUCCAGUCUGGGAAUAGCUGCAUGCAAGCAGCUUGGCUACAACAGCUACGUGAACUCCAGCUCUAUUCCUUUAUCGUCUGUCGAGUCAACUUUCAAGAGGAAUACAGUGACACUAGAUUCCCGCUUUUCAAUUCCUCAGACCUAUUUUAAAAUUCACAACAGUUCCUACCUCAGAACGUUUCAGUGUAGGUCUGGGAUGGUCACAGUACUUAAGUGUAUAGAGUGUGGUAUCAGACCUGGUCUUCAGACUCGUAUAGUAGGGGGUAAUGAGUCUAUUUCUGGGCAGUACCCUUGGCAAGUAAGCUUGCAGUACCAGAACCAGUAUAUCUGUGGAGGGUCCCUUAUAACCAACCAGUGGAUAGUUACUGCUGCACACUGUGUAUAUGGCUUUGACAAUCCAUCAUUAUGGUCAGUUCGAGUGGGUCUUAUAGACCAGCCUGGGAAUGGAGCACAAGAUCUUGCAGUGAUGAAGAUCCUCUACCAUGGUACAUACCACCCAGAGGGCCUUAGCUAUGAUAUUGGCCUCAUCAAGAUAACACAACCAGUCACUUUCAAUGAUAAUAUCCAGCCUAUCUGUUUGCCUAACUUUGAAGAAGGUAUUAAACCAGGAUCUUUGUGCUGGAUAUCAGGCUGGGGAGCCACGGACACUGGAGGAGAAGUUAGUGCGUCUCUACAAUCAGCACCAGUUCAACUUCUCUCUACAAAAGCAUGUGAAAGGCCAGGACUUACACCCUGGAAUAUCUGUGCUGGGUACCUGGCAGGUGGAGCCGACAUAUGUCAGGGGGACAGUGGUGGUCCGCUGGCCUGUAAGGUUUCAGUAUGGAAGCUGUUGGGAGCAGCGAGUUGGGAUCAGGGCUGUGGAAAGAAAAACAGUCCUGGAGUUUAUACCAGCAUAACUUAUGCUCUACAGUGGAUCCACCGAAUCAUGGAGAUAGAAGAGGAAGAGGCAGUCUGAGCAUCAUUCAUGACUUCCAGUGGUGUUUUCCUUCAACAAUAUCAGCAAAAGGAAGCACUGUAUUUGUAUGGAACUCAGCAAGUACCAGAUUAUCAAUGAAUAAGUGUACUCAAAGCCUGACAGAUUUACAUAAGCACAGUGUCACUGUUUGUUUGAAAGCAAUCUCGGUCUGUCUGUCUAUCUACCUACCUACCCAUCCAUCUAGCCAUCCAUCCAUCCAUCCAUCAGCAAUUGUAAAUAUUAACCUCCUCCCCCCAAAAAUGUAUUAUUGUGAUGUGUUUAAAAACAUACAAGCAAUUUUAUAAGUUAUCAUAAUUUUGAGUUCAAAUGAAAUAAAUUUAGUUCUUUUGACAAA